AUGCAGGACAUUAUUGACCAUUUACCCAAAUUGCCUGAAAUCCAACAACAAAAACUCACUAUUCCUGAAUUCGACGAAAUUGAAGUGAAACCAACUGACUCAGUAGAAAUAAAGAAGUUCAUACGUAAAGUAAAUUAUGAAUUCCUUGGUUUUCAUUGCAACCAUAAGGUUAUGGACAAAGAUUGCGACAUGGUAUAUAAAAACAUUUCUGACAUAUAUAAAUCUGAGGAGUUUAAGACUUACGAUAACUUUGUUUCAUUAGUUGCAAAAUGUGUUUGGGAAAUAAGAGAUAAAGAUAGAAGAGGCAAAGUAUGGAACGAACAAAUAAGACCCGCUAUGUUUGAGAUGAAGAGAGCAAUUGACGCCUUAGUUGUUUUAGCUGGUUUUAUUUCAAUGUAUAACGCAAAAAUGAACCCGCAAUGUUCAAAAUGUAAGGCAGCAAUUAGGAAAUAUAACUACUCAGUCAAAGAGAUAGAAAGAAUGAGAAACGACUAUGCAGAUUUAAAGAAAGAAGUAGAAAAGCCAGCAGAAGAUAAAAUGAACAUGUUAGAAUUUCUGAACAAAAACUAUCCAACAGCAGAAGAUUUCCUUCUAUCUGACGUCAAGAAGAAGUAUAAAGAAACCUUCGGUAUUGUUAAAACUUUUGACAUACUGACAGAAGAAAUAGAAGCUACGAAAUUGUUUAGGAUUUCAAAUAUACAUCGUACAAUUCAUGUAAAACGCUGA